AUGGCCGAGCGUCGCCGCAGACCCGUGAAGGACGAGGGCUCCUGGAGCCCCCUGACCCUCCCGGAGCCCCCAGGCAGAGCCCCCCGUUCUUCGGCCUCGGCCCCCCAGGGCGGCCCUGAAGGGGUUUUUGGGGUCCCUAAGGGGUUUUUGAGGGUCCCUGAGCGGUUUUUGGGGUCCCUGAGGGGGUUUCUGGCCCCCCCAGACCCCCCCGGGCUGCGGGCCCAGCUGGCCCUGGCCCUGGAGCGGCAGGUUUGGCUCCAGCGGCGGAUCCGGGACCUGGAGGACGAGCGGGAUUUCCUGAGGAGGCAGCUGGAGACGGCCAGGACCCCCGGCGUGGGAAGGCCCCGCGGCAGCGCCGGGGGGGCGUCGGGGACCCCCAGGCCGGGGGGGGCUCGGACGACGAGGCGGCUCCUCCUCCCGGGACCCCCGAGACCCCCGGCCCGGCACAGACCCGGGGGCCCCGCAGGAGGGGGCCCGGCCAGGACCUGCGAGAGGCAGCGCGUGAGGGAUGCUGAGGGUGUCCUGCGUCGGUACCAGCGUGUCCUGCGGACGUUCCAGCGCCUGCGCUCCAUGAGCGGCGCGUUCCGGCACCACCGCGUGGACCGGAACACGGUGGCGCUGACGACGCCGAUCGCCGAGCUGCGCCUCGUGGCGCCCGAGAAGCUGCGCGAGGUGGGCGAGUUCGACCCCGCCAAGGAGCGGCUCCUCGACUACUCCCGCCGCUGCUUCCAGGCCCUGGACCCCGAGACCCUGCGCAAGGUGCAGGCCCUGAAGCAGAGCAAGCUGCUGCUGCCCAUCACCUACCGCUUCAAGCACUGAGGGACCCCCAAAACGGACCCCCAGGGACCCCCAAACCACCCCAAACCACCCCCAACCCAUCCCAAACCCACCCAACCCACCCGGACCCUGCGCAAGGUGCAGGCCCUGAAGCAGAGACAAGCUGCUGCU